AUGGAGCCCUCAGUUAGAGAAAGAGCUGCUAACACCAGCGCCUCUUAUCCCUCUCAAUCUAAUUCGGGUGUCUAUACACACCAACUACCCACUGCAGCAGAAGGCAUUGCAGCACCCUUAGACGCUGCAUCAGCAGCUGAACUGCAUUCAGCGGCCUCGAUAGGGGCCGCUAUACCCCUAGAAGGUAAGCAACAGCUACAGCAACAGCUACAGCAACAGAAACAGCUGCAGCAAAAGCAGCAGCAGCAGCAGCAACAGCAGAAGCAACCUCGACACCAACAGCAACGUAUGACACAUGCAGCAGCAGCGGCAUCAGCAGCAGCACCGCCAUCAGGAGCAGCAGCAACAUCAGCAACAGCAACAGCAGCAGCAGCAGCAACAGCAACAGCACGAGCAGCAGCAGCAGCAGCAGCAGCAGCAAUCACCCCUU